AUGGAUACCAUCAUGGCUAGAAUAAAGAGGAAGGGAACAACUGGGAAUGCUAAGAACUUUAUCACCAGAACACAAGCGGUGAGAAAGUUGCAAGUUUCGCUUGCCGAUUUCCGUCGUCUUUGUAUUUUCAAAGGUAUCUAUCCAAGAGUUCCUCGUAAUAAGAAGAAAGCUAACAAGGGAUCCACAGCCCCUGUUACUUUCUAUUAUUCUAAGGAUAUUCAAUAUUUAUUACAUGAACCUGUUUUGCAAAAGUUCAGAGAGCAUAAGACAUUUGCUAAAAAGUUACAAAGGGCUUUAGGAAGAGGUGAAAUUAGUGAUGCAUCCCGUUUAGAUCUGAAUAAACCUAAGUACUCCUUGGACCACGUUAUUAAGGAGAGAUAUCCGACAUUUUUGGAUGCUUUAAGAGACUUGGAUGAUCCUUUGAAUAUGUUAUUUCUUUUCGCUAACAUGCCGGCUACUGAUAAGGUUGGUGUUCGAAUUACCAAGGAAGCUGAAAAGUUGUGUAACUAUUGGAUGGCCAUUGUUGCUAAGGAAAAAUUGAUUGAUAAGGUAUUUGUUUCCAUCAAGGGUGUUUACUAUCAAGCUAAUGUUAAGGGAGUAGAAGUAAGAUGGUUGGUUCCUUUCAAAUUUCCAACUAUGAUUCCUUCUGAUGUUGAUUUCAGAAUUAUGUUGACAUUCUUGGAAUUCUAUUCAACUCUUUUGCAUUUCAUUUUGUACAAAUUGUACAGUGAAAACAAUUUAUUGUAUCCUCCUACUAUUGAUGUUGAAAAGUUGAAGCAAGCUGGUGGGUUGUCAUCAUAUGUCUUGAAACAAACUAAUGAAGAAACUUUAGGUAAGCAAGACAAUAAAGGUGUAUCUGAAAAUGGUGCUAAUGUUGAUGCCAGUGAAUUAUCAAAGGAAGAACUUUCGAAAGCCAUCAAAGCGGAUGAAGCUGAACAAACUAAUAAUGAAGAUGAAGCAGUGGAAGAUGUUGAGAAAGUUGAAUUGGAUGAAUUUGAAGCUACUAAUAAGACUACUGGAGAUUUGUUGGCUCAGCCAUCUAAAUAUGCCUCACCUACAUCUUCUUUAUUCUCCAAGUUUUUGUUCUUCGUUGGUAGAGAAGUCUCUUUAGAUAUUUUGGAAUUCUGUAUCUUGUCUUGUGGAGGAUCUCUUGUAUCUGAAAUCCAAUUGGAUGAAUUGAAGUUGUCUAAUCCUACUGAAUAUGCUAAGUUGGAUUUUUCCAAUGUUACUCAUCAAAUUGUUGAUAGACCUAAGAUUGCUGCCAAGGUUCCAGGUAGAACAUACAUACAACCACAAUGGAUCUUUGAUUGUAUAAAUAAGAGAGAAUUAUUGCCAGUUGGACAAUAUGCUCCUGGAGAAGAGUUACCACCUCAUUUAUCCCCAUGGGGAGAUGCUGGUGGAUACAAUCCAGAAAGUAAGUUGGCAGAACCCGCUGAAGGAGAGGAUGAAGAUGAAAGUGAAGAUGAAAUUGAAGGUGAAAUUGAAGCCGAUGAAGAAGAGGAAGAAGAGAUUGACGAAGAUCUUAAAGCUCAAAAGGACUUGGAAUUGGAAGCUUCAGGAGUUAAGUUCUCUCAAAUUGAAGAAAAGAACAAGAAGAACAAGAAGAAAAGAACUGCCCCAACAGAAGAAGAUGAAGAAAAGGAAUUGAAGAAGACAAUGAUGACAAACAAGCAACGUAAGUUGUAUGAACGUGUUAAGUACAGUAAGGACCAGACUGAUGCCAGAACUGCUGACUUGACUAAAAAGAGAAAAAAGCUUGAAAAGACCAAGAAACAGCUCAACAACCUCAGUAAGAAGUAG